AUGGGUGGCGGUCACGGCAUCAGAUCUGUGGUCUACUACGUGAAUUGGGCGCCGUACGGACGCAACCAUCAUCCUCAAGACCUUCUUGCCGAGAACCUUACCCACGUCCUCUAUGCGUUCGUGAACGUGAGACCCGAAUCCGGAGAAGUAUACCUCACAGACCCGUGGUCAGAUACCGACAAGCACUACGAAGGUGAUAGCUGGAAUGAUGUUGGCACUAAUGUCUACGGUUGUGCAAAGCAACUCUUUCUGCAGAAGAAGAAAAACCGGAACUUGAAGCUGUUAUUGAGCAUUGGCGGCUGGACCUACUCUUCGAACUUUGCUCAGCCGGCAAGCACCGAGAGCGGCAGGAAGAAGUUCGCCGAGAGCGCGGUCAAAUUGAUAGAAGACUUGGGCUUUGACGGCAUUGAUAUCGACUGGGAGUAUCCAAAGAAUGCUGCUGAGGCAGAGGACUAUGUCAGACUGUUGCACGAGACCAGGAAAGCUCUGGAUGCUGCAGCGGCCAAGCGUCAUCACACCCGCUUUUAUCUGACCGUGGCAUGUCCUGCAGGACCAUCAAAUUUCGAGAAGCUAAAAAUCGCAGAAAUGGAUCGGCUGUUGGACUUUUGGAACCUCAUGGCCUACGACUUUGCAGGCUCGUGGGAUCAAAUAGCCGCCCAUCAAGCUAACCUGUUUCCAUCAAGAUCACACCCUGCACAGACACCGUUCAGUACCGUUGCGGCGAUUGAGCACUACACCAAGCAUGGCGUACAUCCUUCGAAGAUCGUGCUUGGAAUGCCUCUGUACGGUCGCGCCUUCACGUCCACUUCUGGUCCGGGCCAUCCUUACAGCGGAGUGGGCGAAGGAAGCUGGGAGCAAGGAGUCUGGGACUACAAGGCUCUCCCGAAGCCUGAUAGUACCGAGUAUCACGAUCACGAGAUUGGUGCAAGCUGGAGCUACGCCCCAUCUUCGAAGACCAUGAUCACCUACGAUACUCCUGUAGUUGUGGCACAAAAAGCAGCCUUUGUGCGAGACUAUGGCCUCGGAGGCGGAAUGUGGUGGGAGUCCAGUGGCAACAAGCCAGCUGGCAGUGGCGAUCUCAUCGAGGCAUUCCUGAUGCACAGCGGUGGGCACAGUCGAUUGGAAGAUGUGCCAAAUUGUCUGGACUAUCCCGAGAGCAAGUACGAUAAUCUGCGAAGGAGGUUCGACUGA